GGGCGAUCAGAGCCAGGGCGCUCGAGCACCUGGCCCACCCCGCCGCACACAACGCAGCACCAGGGGGCGAGUCGCCUCCGGCGCUCAUGCGGGAGGCCGCGGCCCGGGCGGCUGAGCGGGUCGCAGGCACGGUCCGAGGCGCGGGGCCCGGUUGGAUCAGCGGUGGCUGCAGCGGCGGCGGGGGCAGGCGCACCGGCAGGGCGUGA